UGAACAAAUUUCUAAUGUCGAAGAUUACACGAACUUGUAUGAUACAUCAGAAACCUUUAAAAAAACUUCAAAUGAUGAACUUAACAAGUGGCUAAUCGUUUCAAAAUCAUUAAUGAAUGAAGAUGGUAUUGAUGAUUUGAAAAAGUUUAGUAAUCAAUCUCAGAAAUUUAUCAACAUGACUCAUAUAUAUGGAUAUGAUAUAAUUGAUCAUCUAAAAAAAGAGUAUAUUGCGGAAUCUAAAAGAAUAACAAAAUAUUAUUAUCUCCUCUAUGCAGUGAUCUACAAAUUUGAUCAAAGGCACAUCAACUAUAAUCAAUAUUUUAUAAUUUAUGCUGAUAAGGAAAUUUCAAAUAAAUUGGUUAACGAAG